UAUUUUACCACGAAAAACUAUUCACAACUAAACAUGGCUUGUUAUUUGAAAUUCAAUAUAUUUUAAGGCGACAAAAAUAGAUUAAUAAGCGUAUUUAAAAUAAUUACAUUGGACAUUAUUGUAGUAGUAACUCAAUACCGGACCUUGACUCUCCAUCCACUCACGGAACCUGGAAGGAAAGGUAUAGGAGGUACUGCUUGGAUUUUGUGACAGACAGUUGAAAGAAAUAUGAAUUGUGGACGCGGAGAUUUCCUGGGUGGCUUUGUGCUGCUUCUGACUGUCCAAACUGUAGUCUCCAUGGUGAUCCCUAAUGCCACCCAUUUAGAAGCUAUGCUGGAAAGGUACAUGGAUAAGGAUGAGACGUGGUGGCACUCAAAGUCAAGGGGCAAGAGAGCAAUUUCACAUGGCGACAUGCAGCUUAUACUUGACCUGCAUAAUAAAUUGAGGGGUCAGGUGUACCCCCCUGCCUCAAACAUGGAACACAUGGUGUGGGACACUGAACUGGAGAGGAGCGCUGAGCACUGGGCACACACCUGUCUGUGGGAACAUGGACCCGCUCACCUACUUACCCGGAUCGGCCAGAAUCUGGGAGCUCACUGGGGAAGAGACAGGCCGCCAACCUUUCAUGUCCAAGCCUGGUAUGAUGAGGUGAGAGAUUUCAGCUACCCAUAUCCACAAGAAUGUGACCCGUACUGUCCCUACAGAUGCUCUGGACCUGUCUGCACACACUACACACAGUUGGUUUGGGCCACAAGCAAUAAAAUUGGCUGUGCCAUUAAUGUGUGCUACAACAUGAACGUAUGGGGGAUGAUCUGGGCCAAAGCUGUGUACUUGGUCUGCAACUACUCUCCUCCAGGUAACUGGUGGGGACAUGCGCCAUACAAACAUGGAGCCCCAUGCUCCGCCUGUCCUCCCAGCUAUGGUGGCGGGUGCAGAAACAACCUCUGCUAUAAAGAUGAUGGCAGUCACAUGAAUCACACCCCUGAGACUGAGGAAAACAACUAUGUCGAGCCAGAACCUGAGCCAGUCCGGAGCCAUGGCUCACACUACAGCGAUCAGUCCGUCUCGACACCGUCACCCAAUGAGAACGUUGAGAGGAAUGAUGUCACCAGUACUUCACAGAUGUCUCAGCAAGUAGAAUGUGAUACUAGAUUACGUGAUCAGUGCAAAGGAACUACUUGCAACAGGUACGAGUGUCCACCAGGCUGCUUGUACAACUAUGGAAAAGUUUUUGGAUCAGGUCAUUAUGACACGCAUUCUAGUAUCUGCGGCAGCGCCCUGCAUGCUGGAAUAAUAGAUGAUGAUGGAGGCUGGUUAGAUAUCACCAGGGUGGGCAGAAGGCAACGCUUCUCAAAGUCCUUCAAAAAUGGAGUUCAGACUCAAGCUAAAAAUCUGAGUGCCAAUGCCUUCACAGUGUCAAAUGUCCCAGUGAAGGCAAUUACUUGUGAUACCACAGUGGCCCAGUACUGCCCUUUCAAAAAACCAGUCCGGCACUGUCCCAGGCUGUAUUGUCCUCGUAAUUGCUUGUAUAACAGCAAUGCCAGAGUAACCGGAAGCCGCUAUUAUUCAGAUAAUUCCAGUAUAUGCAGGGCGGCCAUUCACGCAGGAGUGAUCCGGAGUGACUCUGGAGGUUAUGUGGACAUCAUGCCUGUGGACAAGAGGAGACAAUUCAAGGGCUCCUAUCAGAAUGGAAUCACCUCUGAGGGCCUCCAGAAUCCCCCAGGAGGCAAAGCAUUCAGAGUGUUCGCGGUCAUAUGAAACCAUCCACCAAGGACAGAUGCAAAGAAAUAGAGCUCUUGGUAAUGUAGCAGCCAGUAAUUACUGUGCAUUUGCUCCGCUGGUUUUGCAUUGGCUCGCUGAGCUGAAUUUAAGGCCAGCGCUGUCACGAAAAAUCCCCUUAACAGUGUUUUUGUUUGUCUGCCUGUACAUGUCAUGUAUAUACAAUUUGUAAAUAGGGUUAAUAUGGUUUUGUUGAAAACAUAAACAUUUUCAUAUAUGUGUAUUUUUUGUAGUGAAGGCUAUAUGUUGCUUGUUUGUUUAUGUUUAGCAUAUACGCUAUUAAAAACACCAGUGCAUGCAAACAUGACUAUUUUAAAAACAAGUAGAAAAGGCAAUAUAUUACAGUUAUAAAGUGUUUAUUUUUUUAAGUAUAUUUUUAUAUCAGCUUUCAGAGGCUGCUUUUUGCUGUUUUGCGCUUUAAAGUACAGUAUAUUGCGCUGCAUAUAUGUUCAGAAUUUCAUACUGUGACAACCUGGCAGGCCAGGAAAUCAUUUAGUGUUUGAGUAGAAUUUGAAAAAUGUACCACGAAGCCAUGUGCGAGAGCAGAGAGACAUUGCA